UUAACCGGUAUCGCGUGUUUUGCAAAUAAAUAUAAGUUUGGCGUUAUUUCUUAGUAGUUCUAAUGACUAUUGAAACUUUUGAAAAUAAGAUGGAGGAUGAAUCUGUUCAAUCAGGAACUCAAGCUGAUUUUAUUAAAGAAGAAUUGAACUUUGAUGUAAAUCCAAAUGAAUCAAUGACAAAAGCAGCUUUAAAUGAACAUCCACCUGAAGAGUGGAUAGAUAUUUUAGGAAAUGGACAGCUUAAAAUGAAAGUUAUAAAAAGUGGUAAAGAUGGAACACGCCCAAAUAGAUCUGAUAUUUGUAUUUUAAAAAUUAUUGGAAAGUUGAAAGAUGGUACAAUUGUUGAAGAAUAUGAAGAUCUCAAAAUUCAAUUAGGUGAUGUUGAAGUGAUUCAGGGAUUAGAUUUAGCAAUUGCAUUAAUGAAUGUGAAUGAAGUUGCUGAAAUUGAGGUUGAUCCAAGAUUUGCUUAUGGUUCUCUAGGAAAAGAACCAAAUAUUCCACCAAAUACUACUAUUUUAUAUACAGUUGAAUUAAAAUCUAGUAAAUUAGGAGAAGAAUUAGAAACUCUUAAUAUGAAUCAACGAAAAGAAAUUGGUAAUAAAAAACGAGAACGUGGAAACUGGUGGUUUACACGUAAUGAACCAACAUUGGCAAUUCAAUGUUAUCGAAGAGCAUUAGAAUUUUUGUUACAAACGGAAAGUCGUACACCUUAUCAAAAUGAGGUAGAAGAUACUAUAACUGAUGCAGAAUUACAGGCUUUAUUAGAGGAUCGUAUGAAAGUAUAUAAUAACUUAGCAGCUGCACAAAUGAAAAUACAAGCUUACGAUGCAGCAUUGAAAAGUGUAGAAAGUGUCUUGAGUUGUCAACCUCAAAAUGUAAAAGCACUUUUUAGGAAAGGAAAAAUUUUGCAUUAUAAAGGAGAACAUGCCUUGGCAUAUCAAACAUUGCUUCAUGCAGCAAAAUUGGAACCAGAUACAAAAGCUAUUCAGGUGGAAUUAGCCAUUUUAAAAGAAAAAAAUGUUAAGGAUGCUCAGCACGAAAAGAAUUUAUAUCGUAAAAUGUUAGGUACUCAGAAAAAUAAUAUUUCCCCAAAAAAUUCGAAAAAAGAAAAUAAGAAUAAGAAUUCAUCAAAUCUUACAUGGAGUUUGAUUGGUGGCGCAACUGCAACGAUUUUAGGUUUACUUUUAUAUAGAUUUGUUUCGUGAGAAAAAUUAAGAAAGCAAACAUAAUGAAAAACAAUGU